AUGCGUUCUCCAGACUCUGGCACUGGGCAGCGAAUCUCCUCGCCUUUCCGCAGGCGUUUCCUUAGUGCCUCGGUUGAAUGUGCUUACUCCGUUGCCAUCCCAAGUAGCUCGCAGACGGCCGCCGCAUCUCCAGUUGCGCAGCAGGUCUUUGGAAGGCCUGCUGUCAUGUCGACUGCAUUCGCCGUGCCGCGGCCGUCGUUAAUUGAUUUGAAAGCUCUUCCUGCCCAGGCGUCCUGCCGCAAGAGCAGAUGCCAGUGCUCAUCGCAGGAACCGCCAAGCACAGAGCAUGGGAGGCACAUCGGGGCGGCAGCCGCAGUGUUGUACUGCCUGCGACGGGGGACGAAAGUCGCUAGGCAGGCGCAGCGAUCCCGAGAGCAAGCCAUCAGCGCUGCCGUCAACAUCGCUCGGGAUAGCACUCGCCGCGGUCGCGGACGAAUGAGCAUGCAGGAGCGGAAGAAGCUCCGUAUGAUGGAAGUUCAGAGGAAGAUCCAGGUGUUGAAAGGAACGAGAGCGGUCCCCGGAAGGCCUGACAAAGAUGCGUCCAGCGACGACGAUACCAGCAACGAAGAUUCUGCUGAUGAUGAGGAGGGCUCCGGCGGAAGCAGCUCAAGCAGCGCCCCUGUACACGAAGAUGAAGCCGGCGAGGGCCAGGAGAAGUGGGCCUUCAAGAGAGAGGACAAGAGCAGAUCGUCGUUCAAGCGACGCCCACUCCAGGUCAGUGAUGAUGCCAGGGCGGUCGCAGAAACAGAGCUUUACGGUCAGGGCGGCAUCGCAACAUCCAAGCAGUUGCUCGAUGCAGGGCGCGAGUUCAUGUUUGCGAAAGACUGGGAGAAGGCCGCAGACUUGCUGGAGCUCGUCAGUGACCGAAUAAGCAAGGAGCAGCUGAGUCGGAAACUGGACUACAAGGUCGCCCAAGCCAUCGAUGACGAGGCGACUGAGACGCUCGCGAUAGUCUAUGCAGACUCGGGCAGGCUGUCCUUGGCCUUCAACACCUACGAUGUGCUCAGGACGCGUGUUGCAGAUCCUGGAGUGCGAAAGCGAGCUGAGGUUGGUUGGAUCGAGACCGCCGUGAGGAUAUCUGAAAGCUUACAGAAGGAGUCCAGGUUCGAUCAAUGUCUCGAGCUGCUCCUGACAGUUCGUGAGCUGGCCCAGAGUCGCGUUGCCGGCAACAAGCUCAAGGAGGAGAUCGAGAUGACGAUCGCUAUGUGCCUCAACAGACAGGGCAAGAAGGAGGAGGCCUUGGAGAUCCUGCGCGAAGUCCGCCGCAACUCUGGAAGCCGCGAGCGGAAGGCGCAGGCAGCGUUUGUCAUCGACGUCAUGAGUGUUGACGCUCCGAUGGAGCGGAACGAAGAGUUUCACAAGGUCUGGGACGACAACUUCAAGCUUCCGAAGGACAUCACGCAGUCGCUGCCGACUGCACGAAGGUCUUCUGCGCUGAAUCUCAGCCUCUCUGAUCAGGAAGGGGUGCUCGUGGCACAUGGUAUCGGAAUCAAUUCGGUGUUGAGGACUUAG